AUGUCGCAUUCUUCCAGCUCGUCCAUGUCGUCCGGCGCAUCUGCGAUCAGUGGAAGCACGGCCCCCACCAGCGUCUCGUCAACAGCAUCUGUCGCAGCCAUGAGGUCCACGGCGUCGAGUCCAUCAUUGAGGUCCAGAGAAGGUGUGGUGGUACCCGUAGACCGACAAGAUGGCGUCUCGAGUCCAACUCCUGGGGGUAACGUGAAGGUUGUCGUGAGGGUCAGAGGAUUUCUGCCCAGAGAAAUCGAACGAGGCGCGGAAUGCUUGAUUUCCAUGGAUCCGCACACUCAAACGACCACGCUCAAAGCACCCCGGACGGACGAAGUUAGUUCAGGGAAACCUCGGUCACAGGCACGCGGUAAGGUUCUCGAGGAUAAGACUUUCACCUUUGACCGCUCCUUCUGGUCUCACAAUGAGGCCGACGAGCAUUAUGCCGACCAGGAGGAUGUGUAUAACUGUCUUGGGGAAGAAUUCCUGGAUCACAACUUUGAAGGGUACCAUACCUGUAUCUUUGCCUACGGCCAGACUGGCUCCGGGAAGAGCUAUACGAUGAUGGGAACGCCAGAGAAGCCGGGUUUGAUCCCAAGGACCUGUGAAGACCUGUUUCAGCGAAUCGAGGCCAACCAAUCUCCCAACACGAGUUACAAUGUCCGUGUCUCAUAUUUCGAGGUGUACAAUGAGCAUGUGCGUGAUCUGCUUGCACCCCGGACAGAUCCUCCAUACUAUCUCAAGAUCCGCGAGUCCCCUACAGAUGGCCCGUAUGUCAAGGAUCUGACGGACGUUCCCGUCAGAAGCUUUGCAGAGGUCAUGAAACUGAUGCGGAAGGGGGAUAUGUCGCGCACCACGGCCAGCACGAAGAUGAAUGAUACCUCGUCGCGAUCCCACGCCGUGUUCACCAUCAUGCUCAAACAGAUUCAUCACGAUCUCGCCACGGAUGAGACCACGGAGCGAACUGCGCGGAUCCGGCUGGUCGACCUGGCGGGGUCUGAACGCGCCAAGGCGACAGAGGCAACGGGUCAGAGGUUACGAGAGGGUUCCAACAUCAAUAAAUCAUUGACUACCCUGGGCAGGGUCAUCGCCGCGCUGGCUGAUCCGAAGAACCAGCGACCUGGUGGGAGACGGAACAAGGAGGUGGUUCCCUAUCGAGACUCGAUUCUUACGUGGCUGCUGAAAGACAGUUUGGGUGGGAAUUCGAAGACGGCCAUGAUUGCUUGUGUCUCCCCUUCUGAUUACGAGGAGACGCUUUCUACCCUUCGCUACGCUGACCAGGCCAAGCACAUCCGCACACGGGCCGUGGUCAAUCAGGACCAUGUUUCUGCCGCCGAACGGGAUGCGCAGAUUGCGGCGAUGGCAGAGCAAAUCCGCAUCUUGCAGCUCAGCGUCAGUCAACAAGCGGCCAGCAAGCGAGAAAGUGAGCUGCAGAACGAGAAAUUGGAGGAAUAUCAGCAGCAGGUGGAGAAACUACAGCGUCUAAUGGAAGAGACGAAGAUGGUGAGCGAGUGCAAGAUCCGACAGCUGCAGACAGAAAACGAGGCGCUCCGCCUUCAUCUUAGGCUGGCGCUCGACAGUCUCAAGAAUCCCAUUCCGGCCGUCCCCCUGCAGAAACGGGAAAGCAGCCUCGGAUCUCUACGGGCAGAAGAGGAAGACGAGGCCAGGAGCGAGAAAGAGAACGAAGCUCCUCCACCGGAAGCAGAGGGCAGCAUGAUCUGGGAGGAUGAUACCGCUGGCCAGGCGGACCCGAAUGAGACGGAGGCCCACGAGGUGCAGGCCGACAUGGAGGAUCUGCUUCACGAGCUGAGUCUCUUCAAACGGAAGAUGGCCGCCGACCAGGAGAGGUUUGGAAUCAAUAAGAACUCGAACGGUCGGAGACAGCGGCGGGCAUUUGGGCAGGUUCUGGUCAACAAUGCCUGA